AUCUUUAUAACAGUGUUGGAUGCCUGUGCGCGUUCAGUGUUCCAGCAGUUUCAUUGUGCCUGUUCAUCGAGUUGCUUCUGCUGGUGCCCAGUCAGACAAACGGAACUAGGAGAGGCUAAAGGAAUUGCUGAAGUUUCCUUUACAAAGUAGAUAUUUUUGCUACAAUGGACAAAGGUCUUCACUUCACCUUCCAUGUGGUUACAACCAUGCUGCUCCUGAGAGGAUCAAGCCAGGCAGGAACUACAAGGAAUGAUGAUGCUGUGAGUAAGGGCACUGACUCAAGGGGACCAGGAGAGGGUCUUCCAACUUUGACUGUCACAACAAUCUUGGAAGAUCCCUAUGUCAUGGUGAGAAGCGCAGAACUGGAGGGAUACUGCAUUGAUUUGCUGAAAGCACUUGCUGCCAUGCUUCACUUCAGCUACAAGGUGAAGGUGGUGGGAGACGGGCAGUACGGUGCUGUCUCUUCCACUGGGAACUGGACAGGGAUGAUUGGCGAGAUUUUGAGACAGGAAGCAGACAUUGCGGUGGCUCCGUUGACAGUCACGUCAGCAAGGGAAGAGGUGGUCUCCUUCACCACACCGUUCCUACAGACUGGGAUUGGAAUCUUGCUUCGAAAGGACACCGUCUCUCAGGAGAUGUCUUUCUUCCACUUCCUGGCUCCUUUCAGUAAGGAGACCUGGACUGGCCUUUUAUUUGCUUAUGUGCUGACGUGCUUCUGCCUCUUUCUUGUUGCCAGACUGAGCCCCUGUGAAUGGAAUGAGCCCAAGAACGAAGAGAACCAUUUUACCUUCUUAAAUAGCCUCUGGUUUGGAGCGGGAGCCCUUGCCCUGCAAGGUGUCACCCCUCGGCCCAAAGCGCUCUCUGUGCGGGUCAUCGCUGCCGUCUGGUGGCUGUUCACCAUCGCCUUGCUGGCUGCCUACAUCGCCAACUUCACCGCGCUGCUGAGCUCCGGCAGUGAGCAGCUCCCAAUACAGACUUUUGAAGAUCUUGUGAAGCAAAGAAAGCUCGAGUUUGGGACACUGGAGGGCUCCUCUACUUUCUACUACUUCAAGAACUCCAAGAAUCCCAUCCAUCAGAUGAUCUACGAAUACAUGGACAAGAGACGAGACCAAGUUUUAGUCAAAACCUACCAGGAAGCAGUUCAACGUGUGCUGGAAUCAAACUAUGCCUUCAUUGGUGAAUCGAUCUCUCAAGACCUCGCGGCUGCCAGGCACUGUGAUUUGAUCCGGGCCCCUGAAGUUAUUGGAGCCAGAGGAUUUGGCAUCGCCACUACCCAGGCAUCCCUGUGGACUAAGAAGCUCUCCGUCGCCGUCCUCAAACUGCGCGAAUCGGGUGACCUUGACUACCUGCGUAACAAGUGGUGGGAGACCAGCUGCCUCCACAAAAGCAGAGAGCGCUGGAGUCCGCUGCAGCCCCAGGCUCUGGGUGGGCUCUUCCUUACUCUUGCAAUUGGCCUUGCCCUGGGAGUGAUUGCGGCUGUGGUGGAGCUCUCGAAUAAGAGCAGACACGCUGCUGGACACGUAAAGAAAUCGUGUUGCUCCGUUUUCACAGAAGAAAUGUGCACUCGUCUACGUAUAAAAGAAAAUACAAGACAAAGCCAGGAGACUUCAGGGAGGGCUAACGCUUAAGAAAUUUUUGCUCGAGGAAUGAGCGUGUAUUAGGUUU